AGUGUGUAUUCAAUGAAAAGCUGUUUCCAGAUUAAGGGUAAGGCAAAAUCAUUUUAUGUGCUGUGAGUGAUUGUGUUGUGAAUUCUUGUGUUGCCAUUUUUGUUUCAAAAACCGAACGCAUUGAUUAUGUAAAUUCUAAAUCAUAUUCUCACAGUGUAAAGACAAAAUUAUUUCCAUAUACUGGAUAGAGCCCUGAGUGAUGGAAUUACAAAAUACCACCCGCAACAUUUCCAAUCAAGGUUUAACUGGCAGGUCUCUGAAGUAUUUUGCAAAGGGGAAAAGUAUCACUGAGUUAAUUUGAAAAGUAAAGGAAAAUCUGUUAUUCCCUGCAUGUUCCUCUAUAAGGUAGGCCAGGUAGUGUAGUCUGUAGUUGUUUGUCAGGUGGUCAAUCAGCUGGCCAGAGAUUUGUACAGGACCUGAGUAAUGUACAGUAUAAUUAAUUAUUAGUGGAUUAGGUGCUGAUCUGGACCUAAAUCAUCCAGCUUGGCCUCCUGCCAUCAAAACAGACCAGAACUAAUUAGAGCGAAUAACUUUCCCAAGAGAACAUUCUGUAAGAACCAAGAAACACUUUUGGUUGAUUUAAGGAAGUAGAUUUUUUUUUUAAACAAGCUUGUGCACUAUAUGGAAUGUGUCUGACUUUAUUAUGAUAUUUUACGAUUCGAGGAAGUAGACAAAGUUUCUGGAUGAAAUGUUAUUUUCCCUGACUUUCUCCCCUAUGCAGGACUAAGGAUUGAAGAGGGAAACCGAUGCUAUGACAACCAACUUCCCUGCCAACGUCACAUUCUUUCCCUUUCCCAAGUCCUCCCACUCAUUCAUCGCCACGGAGACUACCUUCAAGAACCUCUUGACCGCCACAACCCCUGACCCCAGGGAACACUGUCAACUUGACGACAGCUCCCUUCAGAUCCCUCUAGCAGUCCUCUACUCUGUCCUAUUCGUCUUGGGCCUGGCCGGCAACAUACUGGCUCUCUGGGUCUUUCUAUACGUCCACUCCAAGAAGAACUCUGUCCGAGUAUUCCUCAUCAAUGUAGCGUUAGCCGACCUGCUACUGGUCAUCUGUCUCCCAUUCAGAGUCCUCUACCACAGUAAAGGGAACCACUGGGAUAUGGGCCCCACCCUCUGUAAGGUCGUGGGAAACCUAUUUUAUAUGAACAUGUAUAUCAGUAUCACCUUAUUAGGGUUGAUCAGUGUGGAUCGCUAUCUGAAGAUCCAGCGUAGCGUCGGGCGGUAUCGCCUCCACGCCACCAGAUGGAGCUCCACCGUCUGUGGGACCAUCUGGAUCCUGGCCCUCGCCUCCGUCAUACCCAUGAUCCUACUCUCCGAAGGCAACGAGGAGUUGAACAAGUGUUUCCAGUAUAAACAGCGAAAGCAUGCGCAGGGGAAGGCCUAUUUCAACCUCUUCCUGGUUGCUGUGUUCUGGUUUGUGUUUGUCUGCCUUGUGGUGUCUUAUGGGAAAAUUGCACUCAAGCUGCUGAGGGCGUCGAGAGAUAAACCGGACCUCCCCAACGCGACCCGCUACAACCGUACUGCCAGGAAGUCCUUCUUUGUCCUCUUUCUGUUUACCAUCUGCUUCGUCCCCUAUCACAUGGUUCGGGUGUUAUACGUGGUCUCCCAGAUCAGCGAAACUUCCUGCUUCUGGAGGGGUGUGGUAGACCAAGCCAACGAAGUGGUGUUGCUACUCUCUGCCCUCAACAGUUGCCUAGACCCCGUGAUGUACUUCCUGUUGUCGGAGUCCGUGAGGAAAGAGACACUCCGAUUGGUCAAUAACAUAUUCCGACUGAGUGACUCGGGUGGCAGUGGGAGUGGCUCCAGUGUGGAUUGUGGGAGGAGUCUUGAGGAGCAGCCAACCAUUAGUUUCAUCAGUAAUCUGAGGAGAAAAAUAACUGUCCAGCCCUCCCUCCUUCAGAUAUAAAUAAGAUGAAGUUGUCACUAGACACUGAUCCGAGGUCAGUUUUGGACAUUGUUGGGCCACAAAAUAGCAGCAAAGUCCAUUUUGUGCCAAGAACAACUUGAAGAGGGACAGUCCGGGAGAGCAUGAACACGACUCCAUGGAAGUGAGUCUUUAUCAUAAAGGAAGCAUUAGCAUCCAGUCAGAUGACAGUUUUUGCAGGGUAUAUGUCAUGUUAAAGGACUGCACAGACAUUGAGAAGGACCAUACAGACACCACAGUGACAUUACUGAGAGCAUAAUGGGACUUUUAUAAAUGAGGAAAUUGAAUCACUUGGUCAUGACAUGCUGGUGGAAAACAACAAAGACAAUACCCAAUCUCACUUAUAAAAGCAAUGAAGACACGCUAUGCUAAAAUAAAAUAUGUGGGACUAUGAUGACAAAACAUCAAAUAUCAUAUUCAUUGUGAAGAGGCUACUGGAUGGUCGUUGAAUGGUUUUGUAACAGCUUUUUGCCUGUUUCAUAUAUUGCCUGUAACAGAUCAAUUUUGAGACAUUAGAAACUAUAUUGAAUAAUUAACAUGAAAAAAUGAAUAAACUGAACAAUGUAAUGAAAAUGGCAUUGUUGUUAUACUACUGGUAUACUGUACAUAUUGCAACAUUGGGCCUUGGUUGGCCCUCAGUAAAAACCAAAGCAUUGAUUUGUCAUAUACUCAUAUGAAUGGAUUUAUAAAGACUUGUUACAUCAGAGAAUGCGAAUGACAGACUACAACAAGUAGACACUCAAAGUCCUGAAUAGCAAAAUCCCAAGUUCAGGCAGGUCAGGCAGGUCUAGCAUGGACAGGGAAGAGUACAACAACCUCUGUAUGAGGCCACUAUAAGGCACCCUCCACUUUAUUAUUCAUUAAGGUGGAGUGUGUAGCGAUGGUAUUACCAACGAUGAUAAGAAGAUUUAAAGUAUUUGACCACAGUAAGACAGAUUGUGUUCUUUGCCCACAGUAACAUAGGAUGCAUGCAUGAGAGAGAGAAAGAGAGAGAGAGAGCUAUAGUGGUUCCUCAUUAUUUUAUUAACAAAAUGUGUUUCUUUGUUUAUUAGGCUACUGUACAGUCUACAAUACAUACUGUAGCAAACAUGGGGAAGUGUCUAGUUCCUUACAUAAGGGAGAGCAGGCCAUGUCUGUACUACAGAAUGCAGGGCACGCAGGAGACCGGUGUUAUUUCGUAGUUGUGAUGUCUUCACUAUUAUUCUACAAUGUUGAAAAUAGUAAAAAUAAAGAAAAAUCCUGGAAUGAG